GGAGCGAGGCGGCGGCGCCCCAGAGCCGAGGGGACGCGCGGGCCUCGCGCCGCAGGAACGGACGGCCGUGGAGGAGACCCGGCGCUCGCUGCCCGCGGCGGGAGAGCUCUGCCCCUUCCAGGGCUCGCUUCGGAAGCUGCCGGCCGCUUCCCUCGCCCCGGAGCGGCCGCCGCCCCUGGAGACUCGCCGUGACACGGGCCUAAAAGCCGCCGCGGCUGCGGGCGAGCGUGCACACCGCCGGGACCCGUCGGGUCGGGCCGGGUCCCGGUGGACCGGCGUCCGGACAGGUGCAGCACCCCCCGCGGGCCGGCCGGGGCCGGGCCCCGAGGCUUCCCUCCCUCCGCGCGGCCGGCCGGCCGGGCUCGGCGUCCCCCUCCUCGCCGUGGGCCGGAGCCCCGGUCGCCGCCCCGCCCUCUCCGGGGACGGCCGGGCCGGAGCCGCGGGAGUCGGAGACCCCGAGCCGCCAGCAGCACCGCCCGUCGGCCGGUGGCGCGCCGAGAGGGUGCUGAAGAAACUUAGCCUUUUAUUGUUGUUUCUAGCCCUUUAAGUGCAAGGAACUCUGUGAGGGCAGGAAAAAUGUCCUUCUUCAAUUUCCGUAAGAUCUUCAAGUUGGGGGGCGAGAAAAAGAAGAAGCAGUACGAGCAUGUGAAGAGGGACCUGAACCCCGAGGAGUUUUGGGAAAUCAUCGGAGAACUGGGCGACGGAGCUUUCGGGAAAGUGUACAAGGCCCAGAAUAAAGAGACCAAUGUUUUAGCUGCUGCAAAGGUGAUUGACACCAAAUCUGAAGAAGAGCUUGAAGACUAUAUGGUUGAAAUCGAUAUAUUAGCAUCUUGUGAUCACCCAAAUAUUGUCAAGCUUCUGGAUGCAUUCUAUUAUGAAAACAACCUUUGGAUCCUCAUUGAAUUUUGUGCAGGUGGAGCGGUAGAUGCUGUGAUGCUUGAACUCGAGAGACCAUUAACAGAAUCCCAAAUACAAGUAGUUUGCAAACAGACUUUAGAAGCAUUGAACUACUUACAUGAUAAUAAAAUCAUCCAUAGAGAUCUCAAAGCUGGCAACAUACUUUUUACGUUAGAUGGAGAUAUUAAAUUGGCGGAUUUUGGAGUAUCAGCUAAAAACACAAGGACAAUUCAAAGAAGAGAUUCUUUUAUUGGGACACCAUAUUGGAUGGCUCCUGAAGUAGUCAUGUGUGAGACAUCAAAGGACAGACCGUAUGACUACAAAGCUGAUGUUUGGUCCCUGGGUAUCACUUUAAUAGAAAUGGCUGAGAUAGAACCACCUCAUCAUGAAUUAAAUCCAAUGCGAGUGCUGCUAAAAAUUGCAAAAUCAGAUCCUCCUACAUUGGCACAGCCAUCAAGAUGGUCUUCAAAUUUUAAGGACUUUCUUAAGAAAUGCUUGGAAAAGAAUGUGGAUGCUAGGUGGAACACAUCUCAGCUUCUGCAGCAUCCCUUUGUUACUGUUGAUUCCAACAAACCUAUCCGAGAACUGAUUGCAGAGGCCAAGGCUGAAGUAACAGAGGAAGUUGAAGAUGGCAAAGAGGAAGAUGAUGAUGAAGAAACAGAAAAUUCUCUGCCAAUACCUACAAGUAAGCGUGCCUCCUCUGACCUUAGUAUCGCCAGCUCUGAAGAAGAUAAACUUUCACAGAAUGCUUGUAUUUUGGAAUCUGUCUCAGAGAAAACAGAACACAAAACUACUGAAGAUAAAUUCAGCAGCAGAAUUCUUGAUGAAAAACGUACAACUCCUGAACCUGGAAAGGAUAUGGAGGGUGUUAAUGAACAUGAUCAUAAUGUCCAUUUAGAAGUGGCCACUGACCUGAAUGAUAGAACAGUAGUAAUCAAGGAGAAUGGGAGAGAGGAGAAGAGACCCAAGCUAGAAAAUUCUCAUGAAGCAGAGGACCAGGAAACUGUGGACAUUAAUGCAGUCACUGAAGGAAAAGAGAAUCAUGGAAUGGUAACUUCAGAAACAAAUACUGAGCACAGUCCUGAGAAAGAAAGGGAUCAGGACAAGCAACAGAUAUUUGAAAAUAAACUUUUAAAAUCUGAAGAAAUUAAAGAUACUGCUCUUCCAACAGUUGAGUUAGUUUCUCAGGAGACUGGAGAAAAAGAGGCAGAUGAUCAGGCAGUUGGUAAGGAAGUUGGACCUACAAAAGAAGAUACGCAAGAAUACUUGGGAAAAGAUGACAGAACUCAAAAAAAUGGAGUCAGUGAUAAAAGCAACAUUAUGGGAACACAUGAGGCAGUGGAUAUUGUUCAGAAAGCAGCUGAAAGCGAUGCUGAGCCGAUUCAGAGAAAUGAUAGAGAAGAGGUGGUUGAAGUCAGCCAGAAAUUAACUGAUAAGCCCACAGAGGACUCUGAUACCGGAGGUGCUGAAGAAGUUCCUAUUAAAGAUAUAGUUGAAAUUAGUGAGCUAGAUCAGAACUCUGUAGAAGACAAAAGAAAGGAACAGUUAUAUGAAAGUUCAGAGAGUAAAUUGGAGACCAAUGAGGAACCAGGAACAAAUCGAGAAGAGGAACUUACAGAAUCAAGUAGUGCUGAAGAAAUAGAGGUUGUAAGUGCUGUGACUAAUGUUGGGCAGAAGGCUUCAGGCAGUGAAACUCGGGAUGCUCCUGUUGCUGCUGCUCAGGUGGACGCUGAGCAACUGGGAGCUUCAGGGGAAGUGCCAAUUAAAACAGACCCUCAGGUUACUGUUGCAGCUACACAGCCCAGUGAACCCACACCCGUUCUAAUACCCAGUAUUAACAUCAACUCUGAGGAAGCAGAAAACAGGGGUGCUGUAGAUGCUCUACCAAAGUCUGAAGAUGCACCACCCCUAGAGUCUGAAAAUCAAAAGGAAAAUGAUACUGACUCGGGCACUGGGUCCACUGCUGAUAACAGCAGCAUUGACUUGAAUUUAUCCAUCUCUAGCUUCCUAAGUAAAACUAAAGACAGCGGAUCAAUAUCUUUACAAGAAACAAGAAGACAGAAGAAAACAUUGAAGAAAACACGCAAAUUUAUUGUUGAUGGUGUAGAAGUAAGUGUAACAACAUCAAAGAUAGUUACAGAUAGUGAUUCCAAAACUGAAGAAUUGAGAUUUCUUAGACGUCAGGAACUUCGGGAAUUAAGGUUUCUUCAAAAAGAAGAGCAGAGAGCUCAACAGCAGCUCAAUGGCAAACUACAGCAACAACGGGAACAGAUUUUCCGGCGCUUUGAACAAGAAAUGAUGAGUAAAAAGCGACAGUAUGAUCAGGAAAUCGAAAAUUUAGAAAAACAGCAGAAACAGACCAUUGAACGUCUGGAACAAGAACAUACAAAUCGAUUGCGAGAUGAAGCGAAACGCAUUAAAGGAGAACAAGAGAAAGAGCUGUCCAAGUUUCAGAAUAUGCUGAAGAAUCGAAAGAAGGAGGAACAAGAAUUUGUUCAGAAGCAACAACAAGAAUUAGAUGGCUCUCUGAAAAAGAUCAUCCAACAACAGAAGGCUGAGUUAGCCAAUAUUGAGAGAGAGUGCCUGAAUAACAAACAACAGCUCAUGAGAGCUCGAGAAGCUGCGAUUUGGGAGCUUGAAGAACGACAUUUGCAAGAAAAACAUCAGCUGCUCAAACAGCAACUUAAGGAUCAGUAUUUUAUGCAAAGACAUCAGCUACUUAAGCGGCAUGAAAAGGAAACAGAACAAAUGCAGCGUUACAAUCAACGACUUAUUGAGGAGUUGAAAAACAGACAGACUCAAGAAAGGGCAAGACUGCCCAAGAUUCAACGCAGUGAAGCCAAGACUCGAAUGGCUAUGUUUAAGAAAAGCUUGAGGAUUAACUCAACAGCCACACCAGAUCAAGACCGUGACAAAAUUAAACAGUUUGCAGCCCAAGAAGAGAAGAGGCAGAAAAAUGAAAGAAUGGCUCAGCAUCAAAAACAUGAAAAUCAGAUGCGGGAUCUUCAGCUGCAGUGUGAAGCUAACGUGCGAGAACUGCAUCAGCUCCAGAAUGAAAAAUGUCACCUGUUGGUUGAGCAUGAGACGCAGAAGUUGAAAGAGCUAGAUGAGGAACACAGCCAAGAAUUGAAAGAGUGGAGAGAGAAGUUGAGACCAAGGAAAAAGACACUGGAAGAAGAAUUUGCCAGGAAACUCCAGGAGCAGGAAGUGUUCUUUAAAAUGACUGGAGAGUCUGAAUGCCUUAACCCAUCAGCCCAGAGCCGCAUUUCAAAAUUCUACCCCAUUCCCAGCUUGCAUUCCACUGGGUCAUAAGAAUGGGAGGCCUACUGUGACUGGUUCGGAUUUCUAAGUACAUUGUUAACAUUCUCUCCAUCUUCUGCCACAAUCUAGCAAAUGGCUCAUGAAGACAAUCACCUGCCUCACUUUGUAGGGUUUUUGUUUUAUUUUGUGUUGUAUUUUAUUUUAAGCAAAGAUGAUGGGGAAAGUGAACUAAGACAGAUGCUGGGCCAUGUUGGCAAAGUUGCAUCAUUUAAUAUUUCCCUAAGGUUACUUUGUAUAUUAAUCUUAAAAAUUGUGUGUUCUUUAGACACUAUUACCUGCAAAACUGUUGGAGAAAUAAUGUUUAAAUUUAUUUUUAAAAACCUGUUACAUUGCUAAGUAUUGUUAAUAAAUAUCUUUUUACAUGACCUAAAUUCUGUGGUUGAAACUGCUGAAUAGUUUCAUUUGGUGAUUCAGCACUUAUAAAAAAGCAAUGAAUUGCUCAAAAUAUGCUGUUGGUUCAAGUAAAUAAAUAUAUUUUAAUUUUAAAUAAAAGUCAUUUUGAAGUAGAAACUUACUUUGGUAAUUUGUUGAAAAUGAUUGCCUGUUUAGGCAUGAGUUAAUUUCAUGACUGAGGGUGCUAGUUUUAUUAAGAUAGUGCCUAAAGCACUAAAUUUUCAACAGGGAUAAAACAUCUUUGCAUUAAGCAUUAUUCUUAAAAUCUGUGUUUGAUAGAAAUUUUCAUCAUAAAAUGCAUGUAUACAAUGUUUGGAAAGUUAAAAAAAUGAUUUUUUAGAUUUGCAAAUUGGAAAUGUAAACUUUGCCAAAUUAAAAUUAAAUGAAUUUAGCUGUCCCAGUUUAUUUCCUAAAAUAAUACAGGAACUGGUUAGAAAGCUUGUCUCCAUCUUGGCACAUUCUGUUCGUUUCAAACUAUCAGAAGCCUAUAGGCUCUGAAUUAUAUUUAUAAAUACAUUUUAUGAAAUUAAUCUUGAGACAUUUGUUCACAAUACUUUUUCAAACAGGAUUUAAAUAUUAAGACAAAUGUUAGAAAUGCUGUUAUUUUUAAAUGAGAUUUUAUUUUGUUCCAUGUUUAAAUUAUUUGAUUUGCUUGGAAAAAGCCUGAAACCUUAUCAUGUGACUGCUGAUAUAUAUAAUUAUUAAUUAAAUGUUCACUCCUAGUCAUUUUUGAGACUUAGAAUUUCAACCAUGUGUCCAGUCAGACAGUAUUAAAUCCAUACUUGGAUGCAGGAGCAAGCACAUUUGUAAAUGGUGCUUCUUGCCUGCUGUAUCUAACCUCUCCUUCCCCAAAGUAUAAGAGUUUUCCAUUUUUAUAUUAUUUUGAGGCUGGUGAAAAAUUUAAAUGUUAUGUUCUGGGAACACUGAUUUCAUAUUAAGAACAUGUAAAUGUCUGUAGCACUUUUCUUGCAGUUAAUUUGGAAACUUUGGAUGCUGAACCUUACUUCGGUGGUUUAGAGGACUUAAAAAUGCAUGUAUGGUGUUAACUUUAUCAUUGUUUUGACAAGUAUAAUUACUUGAACAACUUUGUAGGUAGCCUUAACUUCUGGCCAAGUUGGUUUUUUAUAUAAAUAUAUAUACAUAUAUAUUAUGUAUGGUUGUAAAUUCAUACACAUACACUUCAUGAAUGUGUUACUAUAUACAAAACUCUUAAUGCUUUAUUCUCAACUGCUGCGUUGAAGAUUGUUUGGAAAGCCUUUUGAAAUAUAUAUAUCUUUAUAAAGUAAUAUUCAGGAUGAUGAUGAUGGAAAUUGUUUAUAUUGUUAUGAUAAAAAUGAUGGUAUAAUGUUGCCCGGUGUAUUUAAUGAUUUAUUGAAGGGGGAUGGGGAAGAAGAUUCUCAUACUACUUUUUCAUUUGAGAUUUUUCAGUUUAUUGGGAUUUUAAAAAUGAAUACUUCAGGCAGUAGGCAUUUUUUCCAAAUAUUUUAAAUGAUGCCAUGUGUGCUGAGUAGUGGUGCAUUAUAGAUUUGGUCUGAACAUCUGAUUCUUCCUAAUCCUUGUAACUUGACUUUGAGAUUUUUGAAUCAAGGCAAGGCCCAGAGAGGGACGGUUAAGCACUUGGGGUAAGUUGCCGGGCAUGCCUUGUGCCCCACCUAAUUAGAUCCGCCCUUUUCUUUCAGUGUUUGCGCUUGACUUCUCUUUCAAAUAUGACCACAUGGGUGCAGGACAUGCAAAGAUGAAGCAGUCACUCAGCACUUACAAUUAUAUAUUUUCAAAAAGUGUUGUUAAUAGAAUAUGCUAUUUGUAUACCUACCUACCCCUCUCUAUAGGGUCCUGUAUUCCAGUAGGUAAUAAUGGUCUCUUGUAUGGAGUAAAGAGGAGGAAAUUAGGGAGGGCAGAUUUCUUUGAAAUGUAAGCAUAGCCAAAUCCGUUCCUGAUUUGCUUGGUUCUUGCUGCCACAGAAUGUGCCGUGAUAUGCAUGUGUACCCGAGUGUAACUGCCCUUGUUCCCCUGAGGGCUGUGGACACACAAGGCCUCCGCUCUCCCACAGGUCCCGCUGCUAGAGCCUGGAGCACCAGGCUGCCUUUCCUAGUCCUGUCAACCCACAGGGUAUGAGUUGCUGAAUUAGCUGCUGUUCUGUGUGAGUUAGAUGAAGCUCUUUCUGAUGCUUUCCUAUGAGAAAGCUAUAGUGUGGAAAAGGAGAAAAUUUAGAGUAUUUUCACUUUGUUCAAGCUAUUAGAACCUUCCUGUGACAGGACCCAACAAAUCAAUGAAAUAUAAACCAGAACCAGAGCUACCUCUAAGUAGUGUUUCCUCAAGCACAAAGCUCUCAGGCAUAUGAGACCUUUGUCUCUGAUUUCUUGAGCAUCAGCAAGUUCCAGAAGUGACUGCUUUUGUACUCUUCCAUUUCCCUUAUAAGCACACACUUUCCCCAGUCCACACUAUACUGAAGUCACAAGGACUCCUCUAAGAAGCCAAGUCCAAGUGUUAGCUAGAGAUGCAAUUCAUCAAAAAAAAAAAAAACCUGGAACCGAAGGGGAAGAAGAAAAUGCCAGUGCAAAUAGUCUACUGAUUCAAUACAUCAGUUCUUUUCUGGGAAAUGGGAUGGUAUUUUUUAAUGCUUUUCUCCAGUUGAAGGCACAACAGUUAAUGCCUCCAUUGUUGCUGUUCUGUGGCUGUUCUUUUUUGAAAAAGCUUUAACAUUUCUGCUUCUAAUCUCAGAAUAGAGUGUUUCACCAACUUUUAAGUGUUGGCUGACUGCAGCAUUUUUGUGAUCAUUCUCUGAUUUGCGGUGUUGUUAACGUUCACAGACUAAAUUUUCAGAAUUUUGUUUCAGGUUAUGCCUCUUGUCUACUUGGGAUCAGUAUGUCUUUUUAAUCAUGAUAUUGGAAAAUGAAAAAUAAAGUUAUUUCUUACUAUA